ACCCCAAUGACCCAUUUGUAACAACUUGACUUUUUUUAGUAUUCUUUUUUCUAAAAAAAAAAGCAAUAUUAAUCUAAAAUAAAGUCAAUCAUUUUUAACACGAUAAGCUAAUUCUUACGUUUCCACACUAAAGUGAGAUAUAUGACUUUAUUAUUUGUCCAUUUUAUGCCCAUUGGUGUUCCAAGAGUACCCUUUCGACUCCCCGGGGAUAGAGAUGCAGUUUGGAUUGAUAUCCUAAUCAAUCGACUUUAUCGAGAAAGAUUACUUUUUUUAGGUCAAGAUGUUGAUAGUGAAAUAUCGAAUCAACUUAUUAGUCUUAUGAUCUAUCUGAGCAUAGAGAAAGAGAAUAAAGAAUUGUCUCUGUUUAUAAACUCUCCGGGGGGGUGGGUAAUACCUGGAAUAGCUAUUUAUGAUACUAUGCAAUUUGUACAACCAGAUGUACAGACAGUAUGUCUGGGAUUAGCUGCUUCAAUGGGAUCCUUUCUUUUGGCAGGAGGCACAAUUACCAAACGUCUUGCAUUUCCUCACGCUUGGGUAAUGAUCCACCAACCUGCUAGUUCUUUUUAUGAGGCACAAGCGGGAGAAUUUGUCCUGGAAGCAGAAGAGCUACUGAAAAUGCGUGAAACUAUCACAAGGGUUUAUGUACAAAGAACGGGCAAACCUUUAUGGGUUAUAUCGGACGACAUGGAAAGGGAUGUUUUUAUGUCAGCAGCAGAAGCCCAAGCUCAUGGAAUUGUAGAUCUUGUAGCAGUUUAAUAAAAAAUUGGCGGCAAAGGUUAUUCUAAUUAAAUACAGGAUUGGAAUUUUAAUUUUUUACGCUUCUUACUUUACAUUUUCAAAUAAAAUCUCUAAGAGUUAAUCUAUUAAUAUACUAUAAAUAAUAUAGGCUAUAAGGAAUAUAGAAUAUAAGUAAUUCACGGUUAGGAUAGAUCUAAACCUGCUCAUUAUACAAAAAUAUAGAUAUAUAUAGUACGACUUACCAUGCCAACUAUGAAACAACUUAUUAGAAACACAAGACAGCCAAUCCGAAACGUCACAAAAUCCCCAGCUCUUCGGGGAUGCCCUCAACGCCGAGGAACGUGUACUAGGGUGUAUGUGCGACUCGUUCAGCUUAAAUACUAAGAAAAAAACAAAUUCAAAAAUUUUUCAGUAUUAGUAAUCGGUUAAGAUAGUGUGAAUGCAAAAACUACAUUCACACUAUCUUAACUUAAUAUAUAAU